AUUUGGCCUAAGUUUAUGGUAUAUUGUUUUUUUCAGGGCGAAAUUAUGUCUAUUUUUGGAGUAAAACUUGGUAGAUUAUGGGGACAAUAUUUUCCAAAUAUAUCAAAGAGAAUUCUUAGAAAAAGACCUCAAUUUUUUUGUAAAUUAUUUAAUCUGAGGUUCUAUCCAAGAGAGGAUUUUGAAACGUAUUCAUUAGGAGGAAAAACGCUUGAAAAAAGCGGGUUUAGAAUAGAUAAGCGAAUGAAUGUAUAUUACCUUAGAGGAUUAGUUCGAGUGACGGUUUUAGCGUCUAAAAAGAAUAUAUCUAAUAUGUCAUCUGUGAGAUCUAGAGUUCGGCGACGUUUGAGAGAAGCAGCACGUCAAGUUUUACUUUAUAGAAAUGACAAGGAAUUUCUGUAUUUACCAAUUUCACCGUAUGAUUUGUAUUUUGUGGCAAAUAUAGAUGUGCUACAUGAAGAAUGGGAAACAUUGAUUGAUUAUGUAAAAAAAGGGUUACAGAAGGCAUGUGAAACAUUAAAUAGGGAAAAAGGGACGAAAGGUUUUGUUCCUAUGAAGAUAAAAAAUAUAGAAUCGUUUUCAUUUAAUUUAAAAAAUAAAAAAAAAAUUAUUGAACGAAAUCCAUAUAUUUUUAAUGCUAAAUCGAUAGUUAAUAUGGGGAAACAGAAUAAAUUUUCGCAAUGUAAUGAAUCUAUGAGACUUUUAUUUAUCCGAUCUGUUUUACGAACAUCUAAUCCUAAAACAUCAAUUGAUAUUCUUUCUAAAAAUAUAAAUUUUCUAUUACGACAUUAUAAAAUAAGAAAGAUUACGCCAUUUGAUAUACAGAUGCUUCAAUAUGUUUCUAAGAUGGACUUAUCUUUUCCAGAGUUAAUUACUGAUUAAUAAAACAUAAGGGAUAUAUGGAUAUGUGUUAUCAUUUAAUAUAAGG